UUUGACGAUCUUCUGGACUUGAGAUUCGAAGAGGUUCACAGGCACAUCAGGAGCAACCUGAUGAUACAACAAGUUUUCAACUCUGAGCAAAAGGCUCAACUCCAAAUCCAGCUCUCAAACCAGCCAGAACUCAAGCAAGAGAUAGCUGCCCUACGCGCCAGAGAUGAAGAGCUAGAGAAUCAAAUUCUAGCAUACCAAAAGCAACAAGCAUCAACAGGUGCCUCCCCAUCAGUAGCCGAGCCCUCUGCUCAGCAGGCCCAUGCCCAAGCAUAUGAGCAACUCACGAAGAAUGAACAACUUCCAAAUUCUACAAAAGGCAACCCAAGACACCUUUUGGAAGCAAGGCAGUGAUUAUCAAAAGAUGGGGCAAGACCUGGAGAAUACAAAGAAGAAGGUUCAAGAACUAGAACUUGAAACUUAAAGUCAAGGAUGAAGUCAAGACUGACCUCAUGGACAUCAAAAACUA